UCAAUAAUAUUCACGUAUAGAACACGAUAAUUAUGUACUCUUAAUAAGUGUUAAAUUUUAAAAUGGCAACAGUUCUGCCUGAUUAUAUGAGAACUGAAAUAAUUAUACCCGUCUCCAAAGAUACUUUUUUCAACACGAAAUGGAAACCAGUCGUAGCUCCGCUGUGCGCUUACGAUAUGCUCUACCACCCACCAGAUUAUAAUCCAAACUCGGCAAGAUCUGAUCGACAAGAGCCGAAGAUCAUCAGAAGGAAUAUUUGGAAUCAAGAGUAUGAAAAAGGGAUAGCAUCGACAACACACUUCGGCCUCGGACGACCGAAAUGGAGACCAGCUGAUAUACCCACUAAGCAAUAUGUUCGAAUACAAGUUAAAAAUGAGAAUCCGCACAUGCGAAUCCACAACGUGUUGGAGUGGACCGUACUGCUGAGCGACGGUAAGCCGAGCGUUUGCGACCAGUGAACAAAAGAGAAGAAUCUAUAAUAAAAAUUUGC